AUGCCUAUAGCGUACGAGUUCGGACCAAAUAUUGUUAUUGUAUCGGCUGGAUUUGAUGCCGCUAGAGGUGAGGAAACUUUACUUAGUAACAUUGUAAAUGACCGAUUCCUGAAGAGACAAAUGAUGACAUUAGGUGACCCCAUUGGUGAGAAUGAUGUGACACCAGCUGGAUUUGCUCAUAUGACAAGUUUGCUAAAGAAUUUGUCGGGAGGUAAACUUGUACUGGCAUUGGAGGGCGGUUACAAUAUUAAUUCAAUAUCAAAAUCCGCUCUCGCUUGUGUAAAAGUAUUACUUGGAGAAGAUCCUCCUGACUUGGGCCCGAUCAGCCCUAGCAAAGACUGUAUUGAAACAGUACAUCAAGUCACGAAAAUUCAAUCACAGUAUUGGAAAUGUUUGGCUCCAAGUAAUAUAGAUGAGGGGGAAGAGAUUACCCUUACUAUAGCAAAAGCUCCCGGGAAAAUGGUUAUAAACAUGACCGAAAUGUUGAGAAUAAUUCGGGCAAGGGGGCUUCUUACAAAAUAUUCAAUGGUGCCUUUACCGAUAUCCGAUGAGCGGCUUGCUACAAAAUUUUAUGAGCACGUCUUGUGCAGCAAGAAGAUGUACGAAAAGAAAGUACUAUUUCUCUUUGUGCACGAAAUGCCCGAUUUCAGGGCUGAUUUGAAGGCACAUACAAAUAGUGUAAAUCACUCGCGGUCAUAUAUGGUGGACAGCAUGGUUUACUAUAUUGAAAACGUGGUACAAAAUCCGGAUUAUGGUAUAAUAGAUGUUGCCAUCCCUUCGAGCACAAUUUAUCAGGGUGACAGCAGAACUCGUUCAGAUUUAGUUGAACUAUUAGUAUACUUAUGGGAUAACCAUAUUCAAAUUGCAUCAGCAGACCGAGUGGUUUUAUUAGGGGCCAGUAUAGGCUGUCAUUGUUUAGCUACUCUUAUAAAUGAUAGAGAGCAACUAGUUAUGUCAAAGGUUAUCUGUUCAAUAUUGAUACCAGGUGAUUGCCCAGUACCUGCAGUCACAAAAAGACCAACCCUAACAAGUUGGUACUAUGAAUCUUUGAGACUACGAGGGGUUCAACCUGAUUCUCAAGAAGCGAAGCGUAAACGUGAUGAAGAGCGGCUGAAGAUAGAACAAAUUGCUCAAGCGAAGCGAGCUAGGGUGAAAGGAAAUGUUGUAUUGAAAGCCGAAGAUGGAGAAGGAAUAGAAGACACGGAAUCUUUUGUGACGUACUUGGAGGGAUUGACUAAGGAUGCAGUCGUCAUUAAGAAGGAGCUCACCGAUAGUGAUGAAACUGAAGAGGAAAAUGAGAUUAAAGCGAAUCAUAUUAAGCAUGUAUAUAAGAAUUUAAAAAUAUCGACGGAUUGGCCGUCUGUUAAAGUAACACCUGAACGUAUAUAUUGCGCGGCUGUGCACCCCAACUCGGAUAAAAUUCUAGCCUCUUGUGGCGAUAAAAUGGGUUGGCUUGGUUUCUGGGACGCGAACGGCAAAGCUUUCGAUGAGGAUGAAGAAUUAAUGCCGGUAACGUGGAAGUAUAGAUUCCACACACGAACGAUUUCGUCGAUGAUGUAUUCUCCGACAGAUUGCAAUCGCCUGUUUACUAGUGCAUAUGAUGGGAUGAUUAGAUUUUUUGACCUCGAGAAGGCGACGAGUGUAGAGGCUCAUGUUUCUGACGAGAAUACUCUAUUUACCUGUUUGGAUACCAUCGACGGGAAUGUAAUUUAUUGUUCGAAUAUUGGGGGGCAAUUGGAAGUUAAAGAUAUCAGGGAACCUAUUAAUCUGCACACUGUCUAUCAACUACAUGAUCGAAAAAUUGGAUGCGUGUCUGUCAAUCCUGUGAAGAAUGAUUAUUUAAUUACUGCUUCACUCGACAGGACAAUGCGUCUAUGGGAUCUGAGAAAGUUGUCUAAAGACGAUCCACAGUCUUUAAAACAGAUAAUUCAUUAUGGAGCAGUUACCAGUGCCUAUUGGAGGCCCGACGGGAAGCAAAUAGUAUCCACUUCGUUUAAUGACAAGAUAAGAGUAUUUGACUAUGAUGAAUCAUCUGACGAAUUGGAAGAACGCUUGACCAUACAGCACAAUAAUCAGACUGGCAAAUGGGUAACUAUGUUCCGUUCUACAUGGCAUCCCAAUCCGAACGUUUAUCCUCACUUUGUCGUGGGCAAUAUGAAACGAGCGGUUGAUAUAUAUUCUGCAAUAGAUGGGAGGGCUCUUUGUAUUUUGCAUAGCGAUGAACUAACAGCUAUUCCUGCUGUGAAUGUAUUUCAUCCAACUCAAAAUAUCAUUAUAAGUGGGAAUGCAUCAGGAAGGAUGGUGCUCUGGAAAUGA